AUGACUACCUUCCCUUUGCUAAAACUCCCUGACUUGGCUAUAAACGAAGUAGCCCGACAAAUCGAGCCAUCUGAUAUAAUCCAAUUAACCAUGAUCUCCGCCCGCUUUAAAAGAUACUUGACUCAAAAUAAGCUAUUUUUGGACACUCUCACAUGGGAAAUGCCAGCGAGUAUGUCACUGAAAUUUUCGAAAUUCACAAUUGCAAUCUCUGUCGAACAGAACUGUCCUGACUCGAGACCCCGAAAAAUCAAUAAUUCUAUCAUGCAAAUGAGUGUGCAUAGAAAACGGAAUGAGCCAUUGACUCGGUGGCAUCUGAAACAUGAUUCGUGUCAUUGGGAUCUUCUGGAGAAUCUCACAAUUCAUCUAUUGAGUAUUCUGAAUGUGAAGCAUUUCGACUUCACUUCCGAAUUUCAAAUUUCAUCUUACAACAAAUUAUUCGUCUGGAAAUACGCGGAAAAGUUUACGACUAUUGCAAUCCUCCCCUGGCUUAAAUACCCCGCUUUUUUGAGCCAAGAAAAUAUGCUCCAUUUUCUAGAAGUCGUCAAAACAGACGAGCUCCAAUUCAAUGCAAAAUGUGAGCACUUCCAGUACACUGGCUCCGUCAAAUGCUCCAAAUUACAUCUUGGAGAACUCAGCUGGGUGACCAAUGAGUUUUUAAAGAAUAUGGAGUGCCGGGAGGUGCUGCUCAGAGGGGAUUCCGGAGCACAUUUGAAUUAUAAUCAACUCUUCCGACAAUGGAUUGAUGGAGAAGGGAAUGAGAUGUUGGAGGAGUUGAACGUUUGUUUUGGAGAGAAGACUCAAUGUGAUCGGAAGAAGUUUUUGGAGGGGAUCGAGGUGGAGAUGAGUAUUUUGAGUGCCGCGGACCUCAAACGCCGCCAAGCUCGCAUCGAGCGUGUCGUCGGAGACAUUCGACGCAAAACCGACGGACGUCUCGCCACGAUUACAGUAUACCCACCGCCGCAUGCCUCGAUUCAAAUGAUUGUCUGGCAUUCGAAGCAUAUGGAGGAGUGGGACAAAGAGACGAAGGAGAAGUUCAAUAACUUGAUUAAAAAUUGA